AUGGCUGAAGUCCCGGAGGAUUAUGAUUCCGGCCCAGAUGAAGAUGGAGAGCCGGAGCCUGAGAGGCCUGAACUGCCUGGACUUCAUAAAUUGUAUGAAAAUGCCGAACCAGACACCAUGGCAACGGCAGACUCGAAGCUACCAGCAGAGAUUUACCAAGAGCCACAGCCAGAGACCCAGGAAGAGGACUUCAAAGAGGGGGAGCCAGACAUUGCUAAGAACGUGCAGCUGAAACCUGGCGGGACGUCCCAGGAAGGAAUUGCCAAGGAGUCCAAGAGAGACGUACCAAGCGAAACUGAACCAGGGAUACCCCAAGACAUAAAGUCGGAAACAUCCAGAGAGAUGGGAGAGUUUUUCAAAGAUUUGGAGGCCCCUAUGGAUGAAGUGCAUGAAGAGUCAGACCUAGAGCCACCAGAGGAGGCUAAAGCAAAUGUUACAGAGGAUGUGUUCCUAGAGUCAGCUAUGGAAACAGAUCCAGGUCCAGUGCCACCAACGGAAACUAUGUCUGAGGUUUCGGGGGCCACAGUCAGAGAGAUAAAUUUAGAAUUAAUAGAGGAGGAGACUGAACCGGGGGUUCCAGAGGGAUCACUUAGAGUGCAACAUGAAGAGACAGGUCUAGAGGCUCCAGAGCAGACCAAACCAGAUUUUCCAAGUGAGAAACCAAGAGAAUCACUUGAAGAGACAGAUCUUCAGCCACCAAAGAUGACCAAACCAGAGAUUCCAGAGGAGACACAAAGAGAGUCAACUGAGAAGAAAAGGACAGAGCCACCCGAGCAGGCUAGACCGGAAUUUCCAGAGAACGAACCAAGAAAGUCUAGUGAGGAGGCAGGUCUAGAGCCUCCAGAAGAGACUCAACCAGAGGUUCCAGAGGAGAUGCAAAGAAAGGCAACUGAGGAGAAAGGGACAGAACUACCUGAGUGGACUAAACCAGACUUUCCACACCACAAGCCAAGAAAGUCUACUGAUGAGAACAUUCCUGAGCCACUAGAAGAGAUCAAAUUAGAGUUUCCUGAGGAAGAAUCAAGAAAACCAAAUGAGGAAACAAUUCUAGAACAAUCAGAAAUGACGAAACCGGGAAGUCCAGAAGAGAUAAGAAAGUCAAAUGAGGAAAAAAAUCCACAGCCACCAGAGGAGACUGGUUUAGUGCUACCACAGGAGAUCAACCCACAAGUUGAAAAGAAAACAGAAACAAAGCCAACUGAGGAGAAAAUUCUAGAGUUACCAGAUGAAACCAAACCAAGAGAGACACAUGUAGAAUUUUCCAAGGAAGACAGGCCAGAACCAAUAAAGUUUAAGUAUUCUGUAGGAAACGAUGAGCUAGAGUACUGUGAGCCUAAAAGAGGAAAGUUGUCACUAAGUGACAAAUUUAGAAAAGAAUAUUACGCAUUAGGAUCUAUCAGAGAAAGUGAAGAAUCAAUUGGUACACAUUAUGAGUUUUUGCAACCACUCCAAAAAUUGCUUAAUGUCAGUGAAGAAUGCUCAUACUCAGAUCCCUCAGAGUCUCAGACAGAAUUAAGUGAGUUCAUUCAUGAAAAGGAAGUUGUAGAUUUGUCCCAAGAGUUGAAGGAACUGGUCUCUGAAGAUGACGAAACCCAGCCAGAAAAAGGGACUGAGUUACAAUUUGAGCAUCUGAAUUGGGAUCCAGAGGAAGUUGCAGAGUGGAUUAGCCAGCUAGGCUUCCCUCAAUACAAGGAGUGUUUUAUCACAAACUUCAUCAGUAGCCGAAAACUCAUUCACGUCAACUGCUCAAACCUCCCUCAGAUGGGGAUAACAAACUUUGAGGACAUGAAGAUGAGUUGUGCAAUUUCUCGGCAUACACGGGAGCUCCUGGAAAUUGAAAAGCCAUUAUUCAAAUGCUCCAUCAGCCUUCCCUAUAGGGAUAUUAUCGGCUUGUAUUUAGAGCAAAAAGGUCAUACUGGGAUAAAAUCUGAUUCCUUGACUUUAUCUGAAUUUGUCAAAGCAGCAGGAUUACAGGAUUAUGCUCCAGAAAUAACUGCCCCUGAAGAGAAUGAGAAAUUGCCUUGCACUGAACCAUAGGGGAAAGCCGCUUCACAGAGCUUGAAAGAUCAAACUAAAUUACUUGAGGGAA